UGAGUGUAAGUGUGAGAGAGAGAGAGAGAGAGAGAGUGGGACAUCAACACAUUAGAACACUGUGGAUUACAUCUAUAGUUCUCACUGUCUGGACUUUUACCUGUCGCUGUGAGAGGAGCUCUGGAAAGACUGUGAGCAGACACUGGACUUCUAUUAGUCAUGGAGGUGGUCUGUAGAUGGAGGGGGUGGACAGAGCUGUUGGUUCUGCUACAUCUGACUGGGUGUGUGGCAGGGCUGUCUGGUCGUUGCAGUCUGUUUGGCCGUCAUCAUAUCCACACGUUUGAUGGAGUUGUCUAUGAGUUCCCUGGAGACUGUAGCUACCUGCUGGCUGGAGACUGUCAGCACAGAGCCUUCACACUACUGGGUGAUUUUGUCCGGGGGCAGAGGAGUGGGGUGACUCUGUUCCUUGGCGAGGUGUUUGAGCUGCACCUCUCUGUGGACGGUCGCCUGUCUCAGAGAGAGAAGAGGCUGUCCCUGCCCUAUGCGUCUCAUGGUGUGUUUGCUGGGUCUGAGCUGGGCUUUUAUAAGCUAUGGAGUGAAGAGUUUGGCUUCACCGUAACCAUCGACAACCAAGCUAACGUUGCCCUGAUGAUGACCAAACACCAUGGUAACCGCACCUGUGGGCUGUGCGGCAACUUUAACACUGUACCUGACGAUGACUACACUGCACAGGAGGGUUUCCUGACAGACGACAGUUAUGACUUUGCCAACUCCUGGGCCCUGAAAGGGGCGGGUCAACCCUGUCGGCGCGUCACUCCUCCCAGUCAAUCCUGUAACACCACCGUAGAUACGUCCACAAUGUUAUCCAGGUGCAGUGUGCUGCGUACCUCUCCUGUCUUCCUGCGCUGUGCCAGUCUGGUCUCUCCAGAAGCCUUUCUGUCUCUCUGUGAGGAAGAGGCGUGUCACUGUGGCCAGGGGGAGGGGCUAGGGGUGGGGCCAGACUGCCACUGCCACGUCCUAUUGGAGUUCGCCAGGACCUGCCAUGCCCAUGGCCAAGUGCUGCACGGCUGGUUGGAGGAGAGCCAAUGCACCCCCAGGUGUCCAAUAGGGAUGCAUUACAGUGAGUGUUCUAGGUCUUGCUCCACCACCUGUCAGAGUCUCAACAUCCAGGAGGUCUGUAAGGAGGAAUGUGUGGACGGCUGCAGCUGCCCAGUGGGUAAGGUGCUGGAUGGUGGUCUCUGUGUGGAGGUGUCUCACUGUUCCUGUAUUCACAUGGGUCAACACUUCCCUCCUGGCUCCAGCAUCUCACAGGACUGCAACACCUGCAUCUGUCGACACGGCUCCUGGGAGUGUACCAACCAAGGCUGUCCUGGGGAGUGCUUAGUGACGGGCCAGUCUCACUUCAAGACGUUUGACAACAAGUUCUUUACCUUCUCUGGCCACUGUCAGUACCUGCUGGCUAGAGACUGCACUGACAACCACUUCUCUGUCAUCAUAGAAACUGUUCAGUGUGCAGAUGAGCAGGAUGCGGUCUGCACGCGCUCAGUAACCCUCAGUCUGCCACCACUGGAGGGGAUGACAGUGAAGCUGAAGCAUGGAGGAGUGGUCUCUGUCAACAACAUGGACAUACAGACACCUCUCAAUCAUGGUAAUUUGCGUGUCCAGAAGACAGUGCAGUCUGGAGCGCGUGUUCUCUUUGGAGACAACCUUCGUCUGGACUGGGAUGGGCGGGGACGUGUGCUGCUGAAGUUGGGGCCUGUAUGGGCUGGACAUACCUGCGGUCUCUGUGGCAACUACAACGGUAACCAAGGUGAUGACUUCCUGUCUGCUGCCGGACUAGUGGAGACGGGGCCACAGGCAUUUGGCCAAUCAUGGAGGAUCAACGGAGACUGUGACUCCACCCAUCAACAGGAUACUGAUCCCUGCUCCCUCAACCCCAAGAGAGUGCGUUUUGCAGAGGAGGCAUGUGGAGUGAUGAUGUCAGAGGUGUUUGGAGCAUGUCACUUCCUUGUGAAUCCCCUCCCCUUCCUGCGGUUCUGUCGUUACGACGUGUGCGUGUGUUCUGACGGAGAGAAAUGUCUGUGUUCCGCUCUGGCCUCCUACGCUGCUGCCUGCUCUUCUAGGGGAGUUCUGCUGACCUGGAGGACACCUGAACGCUGUGCCAUGCAUUGUCCAGUGGGCCAGCUGUACAAGACAUGUGGCAGUGUGUGUGAGCGAUCAUGUCGUUCUCUGUCGGGGGUGGAGCCUGGAUGCGGUGGGGAGGAAGGGUGUGAGGAGGGAUGCUUCUGCCCCCCCGGCCAAUACCUUAGUGAAACGGGGGCGUGUGUGACACCUGACCUCUGCUCCUGCCUGCAUGACGGACAGCUGUACCAACCCAACGACGUCUACGCUGACCACAACAGCAUCUGUUACUGUGAGAACGGAUCUAUGAGCUGCAGCUCUACUGAGAUGAGUGGAGUUAUGCUGUCUGACAUGUUCUUCCAGGACGACCAGCCACCCUCCAGAGAGCGCCGUGCGGCUACCUGUGUUCCCCCUCUCAGGCGCGUUGGGUGUGAGGGAGGGGAGGAGGGUCUGGAGUGUUCUAGAACCUGUCAGAAUCUGGACCUCCCCUGUCUCAGUCUGGCCUGUAUCCCCGGGUGUCUCUGUCCCAACGGCACGGUUCGACAUAGGAGAGAGUGCAUCACUCCAGAGCAGUGUCCGUGUUACCAUAACAACAGAGCCUAUGCAUCUGGACAGAGCAUCAAUAUGGACUGUAACACCUGUAUGUGUGAGAACAGACAUUGGAGCUGUACAGCGCACGUGUGUGAUGGUGUCUGUCGUACAGUGGGAGAGGGACAUUACAUCACCUUUGACGGUUUUCAGUACUCCUUCCCUGGGCUUUGUCAGUACGUCCUGGUGCAGGACCAGUGUGGAGGAGACGAGGGGUCAUUCAGGGUGCUUGUGGAGAAUGAGGCCUGUGGGGUCAUAGGUCAUCGCUGUGCUAAAGCUGUUACAGUCUACUACCAGGGAGGACUCAUAACUAUGGAACACGGACAGGUGAGGAUGAAGAAUCCAGUGAUGAAGGGUGUUGAGGUGGAGAUCAUUCGUUCUGGUCAGUUCUUCAUCCUGCUGCUGGGGAAACACAUCUCUAUCAGCUGGGACCUGGGGACCCGCCUGCUGGUACACAUCUCCUCACAGUACAGGGAGCGUGUGUGUGGUCUGUGUGGCAACUAUGAUGGAAACGUAAACAACGACCUUCUAAGCAGCAACAACCAGCUGGAGGUCGACUCCACCCACUUUGGAAACUCCUGGAAGGUUAAACCCAGCUGUGCCGAUGCAACAAAGCUACCUCCUCCCUGCAGUGAUAACAUAGUGAGAUUGGUGACUGUGGAACAGUCCUGUCGUGUUCUAACCAGUGACCUCUUCAGAGCCUGCAACAGUCUGGUGGACCCAGAGCCCUAUGUAGAGAUGUGUGUGGAGGCGGCGUGCUCCUGUCCAUCCGUCGGAGACUGUAUGUGUUUCUGUGAUAUCAUCGCUGCAUACUCCCAGGCCUGCUCCGAGGUGGGCGUGGCUGUCAGCUGGAGGUCUAAUGAGUUGUGCCCUCUGAGCUGCGAGGAGCUGAACACUGCAGCGGAGGGUUUGGGGGAGCUAUGCCAGUGGAGGUACAACACAUGUGGCUCUGCCUGUCCAAUCACCUGUCAGCACUCACAGCCCCUCCCCUGCCCAUUCACCUGUAUCGAGGGCUGCCACGCUACCUGCCCCCCAGGUCAGAUAUUGGAUGAGGUUUCCAUGCAGUGUGUUGAACCCGCCCAAUGCCACAUAUGUUACCAUGACGGAGAGAGGAUCUCCCAUGGUAACAAGGUCAUCCUGAACCAUGACGACCCCCAGCAUUGUCAGAUAUGCCACUGUGAAAACAACACUCUGAGCUGUGAGGUUUGUGCUCCUCUGGACACCGUAACUUCGUACACUACCCUUGCUGGUCUGACCACACCCACCGCCCAGCCUGUCUCGACAGUGAUGCCGGAGGGGUCAUGUGACCGGGCCAUGGACCUGGCCUUCCUAUUAGAUGGCUCGGCAGCGCUCAGCGAGGAGGACUUCCUGUCCGUCAAACAGUUCAUCCUAUCAGUGGUGGACAGGUUCAGGAUGGGCUCUGCCCACACCAGGGCUACGGUCCUGCUGUAUCACUCUGGAGUCAAGACCUACGACAUGCAGGUUCAGAAGUGGUUGUUUAAGAAGACAGUGCGUGAGCUGCACUACAGUGGUGGUGAUGCUGCGUUUCUAGACGAGGCGGUGAAGUAUCUGGCAAUCAACAUCUAUGACAAGAACAAGCGAGAACAUGCCGGCCGCGUCGCUAUCAUCCUCACCGCCAGCGCCAAUCCCCGGCCUCUCCGCGCCACCGUCAAGCUUCUUCGGAAGAAAGACAUUACCACCCUGACGCUGGCGCUGGGUCCGGAGGCUAGCAUGACACAGGUUAAUGACAUCACGAAAGCCAAGCCUGAUAACAGGGCUUACCAGCUGAACAGCGUGUCUGAGCUGCCGGACAACUUUAUGGAGGUCACUGACUACCUCUGUACCCUGGGGCUGGAGCCGGAGACCCCCAAGUCCCCGCCCGCCAAGCCUGGCAUGGCUAAACUUAGCCUUGGUACCACCACCACCACACAGCCUCCACUGCUGGAGACCAUCCCCACCCUGACCUCCACCCUGUCCCAACACCUCCCCAACCCCAUACAGCCUACUGGCAUGGCCCCCACAACUACUUCUCCCUCUCCUUCAUCUCUCUCCUCCUCUUCCUCCCCCUCUUCCUCUCCUCCCUCUAAAUACGUGACAUUUAUCCUGGAAGGUUCUGACUCGGUUGGGGAGGUGGGAUUUAACGCCUCUCUCCUCUUUCUGGAGGAAGUGAUAUCACAGCUGGCAGAGGAAGGGGAGGAGUCCGUGCGUGUUACAGUCAUACAAUACUCGGAAACGGUCACCGUGGAGAUAACGCGCUGGGAAAUACAAUGGCAGAGAACCAAGUUUCUAAGAAGACUGCGGGAGAUCCGCUGGAGGGGUGGGGACAAGACCAACACGGGUGCAGCAAUUGGCCAGAUCUACCAGGAAGUGACUACUGAUAGGCCCUCCUCCACCCCUACCUCCCCCCAGCUAGUCUUCCUGGUGACAGAGAACCCCCCCACCGACGUGAUCACGCGCCCCCCCUCCUCCCACACACACACCCGGGUGUAUCCCAUCGGGGUAGGGCCGAAGGUUAGAGAGGUGGACCUGAUGCCUCUCAGCUCCCCACAGCGCCCCCUCAUGGUGGAGGACUAUACCAGCCUUACCUCUCUGGUUACCACUGUGGUUAAUAUCACCAGAAACUCCCUCUCUCCUCGCUCCCCCACCCUGCCUCCCCACGACUCACCCCCCACACUGGCCCCCAGAGCCACCCUGCCUCCCUCAGUGCCAUGCAGGAAGCCGAUGGAUGUCCUGUUCCUGCUGAGAGGCGGGAAUAGGGCGGGGCCAGAGACUGACGGGCAGCCAGAGGGCGGGACAGAAUUUGAGGACAUGAAGACGUUUGUCAAAGCCUUCGUCAACAGCGCUGAUAUCGGUCGGAACGAGACGCAGGUGGGUGUGGUUACAUACGGAGAGACCAGUAGUGUGGGCGUGGCCUGGAGAGAGGAGCAGGACAGGACACACCUGCUGACCCUGGUGGACCAGCUGACCAGUCCGAUACACACACACACCGCACUGGGUGCUGCGUUGCGAUUUGCCGUCCAAACAUCCAUCUCUCCGUCUAGUGGGGGCAGAGCGGGUGUGGCCAAGGUGGUGGUUAUGCUGGUGAUUGACAGGUCGACUGACCAACUACAGGAGGCAACUAACGAGGCGCUGACCGCAGGCGUGUCAGUUUUCCCCAUCGGCAUCGGGCCCGGUUACGACAGAGCUGAACUGAGCCUGCUUGGUUCCCAUGGCGACCAGGACAACACACUCCACCUUAACAGCAUGGAGGAGCUGAUGAUGCUGUUAACACUGGACAAGAGCUACACAGACAAACUCUGUAGAGCUGGUCCUCCUGGAGUGUGUGUCGAUGAUGAUGGGAACGAGAGGAAGCCUGGUGAGUCGUGGCUGCUUCCUGACGGAUGUCAUUCGGUGCUGUGCCACCCAAGCGGAGCCGUAACUGUUCAGAGCCACAAGGUGAAUUGUGAUCGACUGGAGCCCCCAGCCUGCAGCAACCACAUGAGUCCUCUCAGAGUUCAAGACAACUGUGGCUGCCACUGGGACUGCCCCUGUGUCUGUAUGGGCAGCUCCACCAACCACGUGGUGAGGUUUGAUGGCGUGGCUCUAAGGCUGGAAGGGGAGGGGCUAUGUUCCUACACCCUGCUAACGGUUGCCGGGGACGCGGGAGGUUCAGAGAUCACGCUGCACAGCGGAACCUGCCAGGGGUCAUCCAAUCAGAAUGAAGUCUGCAUGAAGGUCAUGGAAUUUACACAUGGGCAGAGCACACUACUGCUGAAAGACGACAUGACGGUGACAGUAGAUGGAGCCCCUGUCUCCCUCCCAUUCCGCUCCAGUCUGGUGGAGGUGAUGCGCUACGGAGGAGUGAUGUUUCAGCUGAGAUCCGUGGAACACGGCUACAUCCUGGCAUUUACCCCUCAGAAAAACGAGUUCACCAUCACACUCACCUCCUCCUCUACCAACCACACCUCUGGACUCUGUGGGUGGUGUGGCGAGAAGAGGGUUAAUUAUCUCUCUCUGAGGAAUGGCAGUUCGACUUCUGACUCAGCUCUUCUCGUCUCCGAUUGGAUGGUAUCGAGCGGCGACGGUGUGUGUGUCCCACGCCAUGCCCCAGUGUGUGUGUACGGAGCAGCGAGGGCGUGUGAGGUGCUGCGCUCCGAGGUGUUCUCCUCCUGUCACACACAUGUUCCCAUCACGCCUUUCAUUAUGCGCUGCCAACAGGAAGCCUGUCAGGAGACAGACGUCUGUGAUGUAAUUUCCUCCUACGCACAUCUCUGCCGACAGAGAGGACUCUGUGUCCACUGGAGAAGCACAAACCUCUGCCCCAUGCAGUGCCCCAGCUCCAUGGAGUAUGAUGCAUGUAGGACCGGGUGUGUGGAGGACUGCAGCAGCAUUGGCCUGUCGCCUGGCAACUCGGGGGUUCUUAGUGGUAACGGGAGUGUGUGUAUCACCAAGCCAACAGAAGGGUGUUUUUGUCCAGGGAACAUGGUGCCUCUGGGGGGAAAGUGUGUGUCACCUGACGCCUGCAACCAGUGUGUCGACCAGCACGGACACACACACCCGUAUCUACAGAGCUGGGUGCCAGAGGAGAACACGUGUCUGAUUUGUAUGUGUCUGGAUCGUCAACAUAUCAACUGCACUGCUCGCCCCUGCAUUGAUCAUAAAGCUCCAGCGUGUGGACCCUGUGAGGUUCUGAGGGAGAAGAGGGAGUCCAAGUGUUGUCCGGAAUACGAGUGUGUGUGUGACCUGGUGAGUUGCCAGCUGCCGGAGGUUCCUCGCUGUGAAGACGGUCUGACUGUGGUGCUGACUAACCCUGGAGAGUGUCAACCCAUUCAUCACUGUGCCUGUAAGAAAGAGGAGUGUUCUCUCCAGGUUCCACCUGCUUGUUCCACCAACCGCCGGCUGUCCGUUAAACAGACGCAGUGCUGUGAUUCGUACCAGUGUGUGUGUGACUGUCAUAACACCACCCACUCCUGUCCUCCUGGAUUCAUCACCUCCUCCUCCACCAAUGACUGUGGCUGCACCGAGACCGCCUGCCUGCCUGACCAGGUGUGUGUGGUAGGAGGCGUGGUCUACCGUGUGGGGAGCCAAUGGGAAGAGGGCUGUGAGAAAUGCAGCUGCACCCAUCAACAGGACACACACACUAACCUGCACAUCGCUCAGUGUGUCCCACCUGUCUGUGACCACUCCUGUCCUCUGGGCUCAGUGUACCAGCGGUCGGACAGUGAGUGUUGUGGGAGCUGCAGGAAGACCAGUUGUGUGGAGACAGAUGGACAGACACCUGGAGACUCACAGACAGACGGACGACUCAGAGAGUUGGGGGAGGUGUGGCGGUCUGCGGAGGAUGUGUGUGUGGAGCGUCAGUGUGUGUUGGUGGGAGAGCGAGAGGUUUUCAUCACCCACUCCAACGUCAGCUGUCCGUCACUAGACCCCCCCUCCUGUCCCCUGGGAAGCGAGCUACGCUGUGACACAUCCGACUGCUGCCCACGCUGCCACUGUGCUCCUCAAGAUGCCUGUGUCCUCAACCACACUGUGAUAGGAGCGGAGGAGAGUCUGAUGGUGGAUCUCUGUACUCACUGCACGUGUUCAGUGGAGGAAGGAGCCGUUCGAAGAUACAAGCUGUCCUGUCGACGCAUCAGCUGUCCUACCUGCCCUGAGGGCUAUACUCUAGAAGAGGUGCCAGAGUCGUGUUGUGGUCGCUGUGUUGCCACUGCCUGCACCAUCCAACGACCUGACGGACACUUCAUCACUGUCAAGGUCAACAGUAGUCUAAAUGAAGGCUGUAGUCAGUACUCCUGUGGUGUCAACAGUAAAGGAGAUCUGGUUCUCCAGACCAGAGUGACCACCUGCCCUCCUCUCGACCGCCAACUCUGUCUGGACCAGGGGGGGAAGAUCAGCCAGAUAGGAACCAGCUGCUGUGAGAUGUGUACAGAGCCAGAGUGUAGGAAGACAGUGGGAACACUCAACUACAUCAAAGUGGACGACUGUCAGUCACAACAACAGAUAGAACUACACUACUGUGAGGGGAAGUGUCGUAGUAAGAGUGUAUAUUCCCUAGAGACUAACGCUGUGGAGAGGGAGUGUGUGUGUUGCGCUUCUGUGGCGACAAAGCCUCUGAGCGUUCCACUGCUGUGUUCUAAUGGAACACUGACACAUCACAACGUUCUGUCUGUCACCGCCUGCGACUGUCUGGCCCAGCACUGCACUUAGAGAGAGAACUGAAUAAAAUUGAGAGAGACAGUGUGUGUGUGUGUGUGUGUGUGUGUGUACCCUGAUAAACAUGUACUCAAAUAAACAAUUUGGAUAUUCUCA